AUGGAACAUAUGCAAUACUCAGCAUUAGCGCAACGCCGCGUUACGUUAGCUAAUGACCCGAACCUCCAUAAUGUAGCCACUUCAUGUUUACGUCAGCCAAUGACUGUUGCUCGCAAUCAGCCGCAACAGUAUACGCGAGGUACUCUUUCACAGCUUGCACCACCAGCUUUUGCAUCACGCGUGGCUAAAGCCAACAACACUGGGUUAAAUGACAGUCUGGGUGCUAGCAGGGCCGGUCGGACUCCAAAACUGAACAGACGAACGAGCAUGUAUGUCGGUAAUAUUCAACCCAGUAACCAACAAGGUGGUGGUGGCUUAGGUGGACAAAUAAAAGAUAUUCGACCUAUUCGUGACAAACCGUUUCAGGUGGAUUCAAUUGAUAUAAUAUACACAUAUGCUAAAGAAAAGCUAGGGUUUCAAGGGGAAUUUAAGGAUUUUAAAAUAAAUACUUCAAAAGAUUAUUACACGUUAUUCAAGUUAGUGUAUCAACGGCUUGACCAUGGUAAAGAUAUAACGAAAAUAGACGAAAUUGCAACUGCCUUGCGCGAAUUAAGGUACCCUUUCGUUAACGAUAUUACCAAAUCGAUGCUACAAGCUGUAGGGAGUGUUCAAAGUUGGCCACAUCUUCUUGGUGCAAUGAGGUGGUUAGUUGAAUACGUUGCAACAUUAGAAAGCAUAGAAGAUCAAGAUGAUGAAACUGAAGAGGGCGGUUUCAAUCCUGAUUCAGCAUUUUUUAAAUAUGCUACCACUGCAUAUAACCUAUUUUUGGGUGGUGAUGAUGAUUAUUCGGAAGCGGCAUAUGAAUUUGACGCUGCUUAUGAGCAAAGUAACGCAGAUAUUAUUGCUAAGAGUGCAGAAGUGCAGAAAGAAGUUGAAGAACUUGAAAAACAAUUGAAUGAAAUGAGCGAAGAUCCACUGACUAUUGCUCAAAAUGAAAAUAAAACGUUGCGGUCUGAUAUGAAUAAAUUUAAUGCUUAUACAAAACAUUUGGAAGACAAAAUUAUCAAACUCAAAGAUUAUAUCGUCAAAUUGGAAGAAGAACAUAAAGGAAAAGAAAUUGAAUUAGCAACAAUUGAAGAAGAAAAGGCCGAAAUCCAACAAAAGGUUGACAAUCAACCAAUAUCCCCAGACGAUGUUGAAAGGAUGCAUAAAGAAAGCGAACAGAUAACGAAUAAUCGUAAUGCCAUUGCUGCUAAAGCAAAAGAAUUGGCUAAAUUACAAUGGGAAAAAGGACUUGACCUUGAAAAAAGGAUAGCCGAUAUUGAAAAGUUAAUUCAAUAUUAUAACACCAGUCUUUAUCGUGUUGGUUUGUUACCAUCAAGUGCACAAUAUGCUGAUGGUAAAGAUUAUGAAUUGUCUCUUGAUGUGAAUGCAGAUCGGAUUGAUAAAAUAAUAUCGUUGGAUUUGAGAAACUAUGUUAGGACCAAACUCUCAGAGGUCCGCGAAAAAUUUAAUAGCGAAUAUGAUAAAAUUCAAGAACAGAUAACUUUAAUAAGUGAAGAGAUUCAUCGUCUUAGUGAUGAUAACACUGAUAAAGAAAUUGAUUUAAAUACACUGGAGGAUAAUAAGAAUAUACUAGCACGACAAUUUGAGGAAUCUGAGCAAAGCGAAAUCGAUACGCUGGCAAAACGAUGCACGUCUUUUGAACAAAGAAUUAGUCAGUUGCGAUCUGAAGGUGCUGCAGUUUAUCUUGAAUGGAAACAAAAAAGUCAAGAAAUUCAAAUUCAGUAUGACCAUUGUAUUCAUGAGUAUAAUGCUGUUCAAGAAGCUGCGUAUAACGAAUUCAUUCAGAUAAAAAACGAUCAACUUAGAAAACUUCAACAUAUCUUUAAUGUUUUGACUGAUUUAAGAAAAUUUUCAGAAAAUGAGUUAAACGAAGUUAAAAAAUAA